AUGGCGCACGUCCGCACACGCCUCAUGGGCAAUGUUGUCUUCCACGAUCGCAAAAUCAAAUGGAACCGAAUCACCCUGCAGCUCACGGGCAAGGCUGGAUUAAAAAUCCAGGCACCGAUGUCUGCCUUACCUCGCGAUGCCAUCACUGGUCCUGCAGACAUGACAGGCACGACUAUACUGCAAACAACCGUUACGAUUUGUGAAGUCGAGAAAGAGCUGAUCUUCACAGGUGCCCCUAUCAUUGAUUUUGGUCUGCAUAUGCCCACCCAUCUGCCGCCAUCCAUCAAGGCCAACCAUGCGUUUGUCGAAUACACCCUCGUGGCGAAUUUCUCCGCCGGUUCUUUCUUUAAAAAAUACAGGAUCCAACGGACGGUCAACGUCAGGCGCCAUUACUUGCCUAAUCUGUCUGCGUUGAUACCGAGUGUCGAGUAUCAUGGGGUGCGCGAAUGGUUCGAAUGGUCAGCUGAGGUGCCCAAAGCCGCGUCGGCCGAAGUAGGCGAGUUGGUUGUAGCACUGCGAUGGAGCGUUGAAAAGGAGCGAGUGGAGGUGGACCGUGUAGAGUUGGCGUUAGAAGAGUUGGAGACAUACAGGUUCUCCAUUAAAUCUGGUGUGCACAACCUCCCACCCAAAGUCAUCCGAUUUCCAAGUACCACAUACCACCCGCCCUCGUUUUCGACAAGCUCAGAAACACAUUUUAUUCGCACCCCACUGCACUUAACGCAACACCAACAGUUGUCGACUUGCAAAAGCACACAGCCUGUUCGCAUGCACACAUUCAACCCAUUCUUGGAAAUCUCUCACAAAUGUCGACUCACAAUUCAUUUCACUCCUGGUAGCAAUGCCAAACCGUUUUCCUUGGAGUUUCCUGUCAUUAUCACUGAUUGUCCGCCCACAGGAACCAAUGUGUCACAAGAAGAAGAAGAAGAAGAACAACAACAGCAACACCAGCCGAGAGCUAGGCCCGGAAUCGGAGGUGAUGAUGCUGUCACUGUGGAUUUAGAUUUGCCCGAGUAUACGCCGCGCUAUGAGCAACAAUUAUCCGUGGAGUAG